AUGGAGCGCGAGGCAGAUGGACGCUUCGACUCCCCACGGAGCCGGUACAAGAGCUUCGUGCACUUCCUCCGCCACACCCUCCACAUCCGCCCUCCCAAGCAACCCCCGAGCCCGAUCGAAGUCGACCGGGCUACGGUAGCCGUGAUGGAGAUGGGAACUCCUCGUCCAAGCCCGGUGGAGCGGUUGCAUUUCGAUACAUCGUUUUUGAGUGACUGUAAUUCCGAUGCGCUACCAUCAACAUCCGGGGCUUCCGUAUCAUCCCUACAUGGGGACCCCGUUGUCGUCUAUGACGAUCCCUUUGUUUGCGUGACUUCUGACGGCAUCAUCCACGUCCGAAACUACUAUGAAUUUAACUCCUGGGCCGAAUUUCGACCCCCAUCACCUGCAUCUCAAAUGGAGCAGGCUCGCCUGGCCCGACGCCUAAAAGCGGCACGGAUUAAAAUGUUAUACUUGAUCCGAGGAGCCGCCUCGGAGUCGGUGGACCCCCCGAAAUCCUGGGGGCUGGCGAGGGGCGGCGUCUGGGAAACAAGCAGCAACACGCUGUUCAGCAUCGUUGUCGACGACGGGUCUCCGAUAAAAGCCGGGGUUACGGUACUGCGGCCGAAGGCGUUUAUCCGGAGUAUAUGG